AAACUAGGCCAACAACCCAAUUUCUUUGCCUCCUGUUUUUCUUUCUCGGAUCUUCCAAUAUUUACGUUCGAUUUUCGAAUUUCUUCUUUCUCCCUGCUUCCUUGAUGAAGUUUCGAGAGGUCUUCGCUCUCGCGGCCUUUGCCACAUUGGCAAUUUCACUCGGUCAAGCUGGCAACGUACUAGUUUGCAAGGACAUUCAAGACUGUAAGACUUGUGCGGAAAGCUAUAUUCACAUCCUUGGAUUCAAAGAAGACUGCCGAUGGUGCCUCGAGACUAACACGUGUGGUGGACCGAUUUCUUGCCCAAUCGGAAAACCAGUUAUCCAAAAAGAUGCCUUCAAAUGCCCAACACCAUACAAACCAACAGCUGGAAAACGGUACACCGACGCUUUGGGAAGAUCCUUGUUCGCCGUCGCCACAGCUGUUCGUGAUAGCAAUGUGACAGAAUGUCUGAGAAAUGUUCGCCCAGAUAUCUCAUUUUCCCGAUCCUACGAAGUUGAAUGUGAUGGAUCUGGAAAUCUGUGCAAGGGAAUCAUUGCAAAGAGCGAAGAAGCCAAGGCCCUGUACGUUGCCUACAAGGGAAGUACUGCAGGAAAGCAAGUUUUCGCUGAGAUGCUUCAUGGAUUGACUGCUCAACUUGGAGCAUGGGAGAAAUUUGAGUCGCAGGAUGCAGGAGUAAUCAAUUACUUCCAUACUGCAUUCUACAGACUUUUCAUUGAUAGUGGAAUGGAAGAUGAUCUAGUUGAUUUGAUGAAGAAACACAGAAACUAUAGAGUUUGGUUGACUGGGCACUCUCUCGGAGGAUCUCUUGCUUCCAUGACAGCGCUCCAUCUUGUCAAGAAGAAGUCUGUCGAUAAAAAUCGCAUCCGCCUUAUCACGUUCGGUGAGCCACGUACUGGAAACAUUGCUUACGCCAAGGAAAUCGAAGAGAACAUUCCAUUCCGUUAUCGAGUAAUCAAGCGUGGAGAUCCAGUUCCAAAUAUGCCAGCUCCACUCAAUCCAGCAGUUCUUACUGCAGCUCAAUAUAAUAGACAAGCAAUGCAUUACCGAUAUCUGGUGCAUUAUGAUAACAAUAUGGGAAAGGGAGAUGGAUUCAAUGUGUGCUCCGUAGCUGAUGAUCUUGGAUGUCGGAACACCGCCAUGAGCAAUUUGGCUGAUCAUACAAGUUACUUCCAAGUCGAUCAGGAUGACUUUGUGAGAAAUCAUUGCCCCCGUGGCCAACUUAUUUAGUUUACAUUUAUAUAAUUUCUCUAAUAAUAUGAAUAAUAAUAUUAAUAAAAUCUUACCUCAAAU